AAAAUAAUUUCAAGCCUUUUUUCACUCAGAUGAUGACCUUCGUUUGCAAAAUGAGAAAAUUAUAAAAAUUUAAGACAGAGAUCGAUCAUGGAUAUGCUACGAUUUGUUUUUACUAAAACAUUGCCUGUUACGAAGAGUUUAAGGCAACUUUGUAUUUCUUCAACUUCAAUAGCAUCAACAAAUUUCCACAGAAGAGAAUGUGGUUCAUCUUUUAUACAUACCACUGGUAGAAGAUUUGAUUUAUAUGAAUUUUUUGACCUUGAUGACUUUGAUGUAGAUGAGGUUAAAGUUGGUCGACCAUGGAGAAAAGAAGAACUGAGAAUAAAAAGUAACACUGAUCUACAUAAGUUAUGGUAUGUGUUAUUGAAAGAGCGGAAUCUCUUAAUGACCAUGGAACACAUGUAUAGGAGUGAAUUGGAGGCUUUGCCAAGUCCGGAACGUUUUGAGAAGGUUGAGGAAAGCAUGGAAAAUUUACUGGAUGUUGUCAGAGAGAGAGAUAUCGCCUACAAGUUACUAGAAAAAGGAGAAAUAGAUGAGCCAAAAUCGUAUAUUACACGUAAUGCUAUUGGUAUUCCUUAUCAAAGAACAGAGACAGAGCAUUAUAUUCCGAAGGAAAUAAAUGAACGUUUCAAUUUAAUGCAUCCUGAAAAAGAAGGCUGGAUGGAUAAAUACCUUGCCCUGUAUGAAGAGAAGAUUCGCAGACAAAGAGACUAUGCGAAAACAAUGCAUCAGAAAAAGAGAGAAGAAAUUCUUGAAGAGUUUGAAAUGGAUGAGGAAGAGAUUCCAGAACUUCCAGACGUCAGUGGUGAUAAAUUACAAGAAUACCUUGAAAACACUUCAGAACUUAAGGAUAUUAAUCAUGAGGGCAGAUAAUCUGAAACUAGUGAGAUAUUGUUCAUUUUCUGUCGUAUACAAAAGUUUAGUUUUUGUAUACACAUGUUCAGGUGUUUGUUAGGCAAUACAGGUAUGAAUGAUACUGUUAGGAGGUGCUUGUAUUUGUCUGUGUAAAUGCCCAUUUUAAUUAUGUAGUUCUCAUAAAAUGUUUCAGAAUAAACUUGAUUGUCAAUAUCAA